GAGGACGUUAAUAAGUAAACUUUUGUUUCUACUUUAUUAAGCUUAUCAAUUUCCUUAAAAUUACAGUGCCUUUCAUUUUAAUUUAAUGUUAAUAAAAAAAAACAACAUCUAUUCUAUCCUUGUGAUUUUAAGCGAUCAGUUUAAUUCGUGUUUUUUAAAUAGUAAUGUUGCGAAGAGUUAAUUUUUAUUCAAUAUGCGUUGCGUUCGGUCUCAGUGUUUUAUUAAUUCUUGCUGGAAGUCGAUAUACAGAUAACACUAAUUACCGUCCAGCUUCUGAGAGUCGAAGAAAUAUAAAAAACUUCUUGAAAAUAGAAGACGUGGAUGAAAAUUUAUUGGAGCCGAUCCCAACAAACCCCUACGAUGGGUCUCCUGACAUCGAAAAAAUAUUAGAUAAUACUAGACUUAAAAUUAAAAAUGAAUUGUGGGGUUAUAAUUUUAGUAUAUCUGGUGUACAAAGGCUGGAAGACUUAGUUAUGGAGUCAGGAGGAAGACCUUUAAUAAGUUUGAUUGUAUCUACAUGGAGGUCUGGUUCAACAUUUACUGGAGAAGUUUUAAAUGCCGUGCCAGCAAAUUUCUAUCAUUAUGAACCGUUUUUAAGGUAUAAAGGUAAACAAGUAAGAGGUAUAUCAGAGUCUGACAAGGCAUUGAAAACUAUUAAAAAAAUGUUUCAAUGUAACUAUGAUGAUAUGGAGGACUAUUUUGACUUUGGAAAAAAUGGUUGGAGUCAAUUCAGGCAUAACACAAGAUUAUGGGACCAUUGUAAAUAUAAGAAAGAACUGUGCAUCGAUGCUAACUUCACUUCUAGGGUCUGUAGGCUGUAUCCAUUUCAAAGUAUGAAACUAGUCCAUGUUAGGCUACGUCUUAUUAAACAACUUUUGCAAGAUAAGGAGUUCAAUUUGAAAAUUAUUUUAUUAAUCCGGGAUCCUCGAGGAGUGAUGCAGUCGAGGUUGCAUCAUGAAUUCUGCAAGGAGGCACUUGAUUGCUGGAAACCUGAACGGCUAUGUGCUGAUAUGAUUAGUGACUAUGUAGCUGCUGGACCUCUCCUACAACAAUAUCCAGAUAAAAUUAUGGUUUUGCGGUUUGAAGAACUGGCUCUUAACACAAGUAGCACAACAUAUGACCUACUAAAGUUCCUACGUUUGGAUGUGACACAAUCUGUCAAUGAAUUUCUCUAUUCUCACACAAAUGUCGAUUUGACCGGUGUGAGUGCCACGUUCAGAGUCUCCCGUGAUGUGCCUUAUAGAUGGAGGAAUAUUCUAGAUUUUGGUUUUGUUGAUGAAAUUCAGGAGACGUGCAAGGAAGCGAUGUCUCUGUGGGGAUACCGCAUGGCGCACAAUGCAACGCACAUGACAAGCAAAGACUUUAACCCUCUAGAUCAAUAUUCCCUCACUCAGUGAGUUUACUUAAGAAGUUAAUUCAAUUAACUAUAAUCUGAACGAAAUAUUGUCAAGUCUGCGGUUAUCAAUAAUUUUAUACGAUGAUGCUGCAUUAUUUUCACAUCAACAAGUAUUUUUAAUCGUCAUUAAUAUUUUUUUUAAUUUAGUUUGUUACGAGGAUAUCGCUCGGUGACUUCUUUAUAUUAUAAGUAUAUGAAAGAAAUGUGGCUUACAUUUUGGUGUAAAAUUUAAUUGUAAGUUUAUUUUUUGUGAUUCCUGUAUUUCCUUUUUUCGGUUUAAUGAUUAUUAUGAGAUUAGCUGGCUAAACCCAAUGAUAAAAACUAAAUAUAUAAAAAGAUCACAUAAAUGAAAAUAAUCUGACGUCAUCGUACGUAUAUAAUAUAGGAGCAAUUAUUUAAAAAUUAAAAUUAAAGGCAACUAAGAAG